AUGACUGCCGAGUGGCUUCACCUGCCCCCUCCGUACCCCCCUGGUGUGGGACCGCUGUGUGGUGCAGAGUUGGAGGCGUGGUAUGAGGACCUGCAGGAUAUACUGGGAUCAGACACGGGCGGGGCCAAGAUGACUCGCGCCCCUCCCUGCUCAGAGGUCAGUUGGGAUUAUAAUUAGUAUAUAUUUUUUUAAAAAUAUUGAUUUAUUUAUUUACGAUGUGAUCGAUGAUCGUCUUGAUGUGUGUUGUCUUUUUAUCAGUUGUUGGUUAACCCGAACAUUUUGUUUCAUCUUCUCUUCUUCAUGAUGCAACUCUUUCAACAGUGCUGAUGUAAGAAGCGUUUUUUUAUUCUCUUCUUUAUUUCUUUCGCUCUUCCUUCCCUUUCUCUUCUCUCUCCUCUCUUCAUAGAAAGAGACGGAGUUCCUGGAUGUCCUGGAGAGCUGUUCCCUGACAUGGCUGACGGACGGGGUUGGGGUGGGGGUCGGAGGGCAGGCGUGGGGCGGAGGAGAGGGUGUCCAGAGGGUCAUGAUUCCAGAGGAGCCUCCUACCCAUCCGCCCCCCUCCUCCAACUCCUUGUGUCGGAGUCCAGCCGAGGAGAGGACGGAGAGGCCUGGGGACGGAGAUGGAGGGAGGGAUGGAGAGGGAGGGUCGGGAGGAGUGGACCUGUUACCCCCAGAGUUCUUUGAGCUGCUGAGUGAGGGAGGGGUGGGCAUGGUGGACGGUAGCUACCAUCAUCAUCAUCACUCCAACAACGUCCAACCGCCUGCGUCUCCCUCCACUAGCGAGGAGGAGGAACAACCAUGUGUCCCCGACUCUCCCUCCUAUUCCUCCUCCGCCGCCUCUCCUUCCCCCUCUCUCAACUGCUCUCCUCCUUCCUCCCCCGUCUCCUCUCCUACUAGCACCGCUUCCUCAUUGUCUCGGCCGGGCAAACGCAAGAGAGGCAACUCUCUGUCCUUCCCUUCCUCAGGUUCGCACUCAUCCUCCUCUUCCUCUUCUGCGAAGAAGAGCAGGAGAGAGCGGGAGCAGGAGAAUGAGAGGAAGGUGCAGGAGCUGACGGAUCAGAACGAGAGGUUGAAAGCGGAGAUCGACAGACUGGGAGAGGAGGUGCAGAGGACACGCAGAGCCCUGAUAGAGAGACUAGUUAACACCAAGAAGUGA